UCUUCUCCUCCUACCCUGCAGAAAGAAAACUGGUCAGAAUCCAAAAAAGAAAAUAAAAAAAUGAUAAAAUUAAUUAGCUGAAGAAUUAAACACGGUUCGAAAGAGCCGCACAAGAUUGAAUCAUCCACAAUUACAAGCAAAAUCAGUUCCAAAAAAAGUUUAGGCCAAACGGCAAUAGCAAAGGUUGCUGCAAAAUGCAUCUACGCUCAACAUCUUAGUACAAACAAAACAGCUGCCAAAAGUCAACCCCUCAAGCCCACCCAUUUUCAUUGCCUACAUAAGUUUCGUCGAAAGCAAUCUUCAUUCAUUCAUUCAAAUAAUCUGUUCAUCAUUACGUGUCUCACUUCCAUAAUUAGCUGCAUGUUCUGAGCUUUUCUUUAAUUUGUUGAGGAAGAAAAGGGCUCAAACCACGUCUCUCCCUUCCUCCUUAAUUUUCUUCAUGCUUACUUUAUUCUCUGAUUCGAUCAUCAAGGUAGCUUUGCUUUUGUAAUAUGGGAAUGUCGAGAAACGUGAGAAGCGGUGAUUAUUUGGAGGGAAUGCUGAGUGAUUACAUGGGUGGGAAGGGGGCUAAGUUGAAGGUGCAGAAGAGCUCCCCAUCUAAGCUUGUCACAGUGCUAACAUGCUUGCAGUUCGCCUUCGCCGUCUACGCCACCUUCCUCCUCUACUUCAUGAGCCCCUCCGUGGAUCUCCGGACCAAGCCGGACUUCUCGUGGGCUACUAAAAUCGCGCACCAAUGGAAGCAGUUCAUGGUGGUGAGCCAUUACCAAGAGCCCAACGCCCUGGUGCGAGCUGAUCAGCUCGUCGCCCCACGAACUAGCCCCUCCGAGGUGUGUGAGCACGAGCAGAUUGACUUCGUGCAGAAGAAGUCCAACGACGAGGUGAUGAUCAAGUUCAAGAGGGAUCUGUACCGCGAUGUGCAGAACUUCCAAAAACAGAAUAUGGGGACUGAGACACUCUCGGAGCUGAUGGGGAUGAAAUCCAAGUGGGAUUUGCAUGGCCCCAACAUCCCCAAGGUGACUGUCAUCUUGAACCACUUCAAGCGCAAGACGCUCUGCGCUCAGCUCGAAUCGCUGCUGCAUCAGACUCUCCCAUUCCAUCAUGUUUGGGUGCUCUCCUUCGGGAGCCCUAAUGAGAAAUCACUCAAAAGAAUUGUUGAGAGCUACAACAAUUCAAGAAUCAGCUUCAUUAGCUCAAGCUAUGAUUUCAAAUACUAUGGCAGAUUCCAGAUGGCGUUGCAGACGGAAGCAGACCUUGUCUACAUUCUCGAUGAUGACAUGAUCCCGGGGAAGAAGAUGUUGCAGAUCAUGUCGCACGUUGCAGGAACAGAUAAAUACAAGAAUUCUGUUCUAGGCAGUAUUGGGAGGAUCUUGCCUUUCAGACAGAAGGAUUUCACCUUCCCUAGCUAUAGAAAGUUCCGGUCCAAGGAGGCUGGCUUGUAUCUACCCGAUCCGGCCUAUGAUAUCACUAUUGACAAAGUUGUGCAGGUUGAUUUCCUGUCUAGCUCGUGGUUUCUCUCAGCUGAGCUCAUCAAAACUCUCUUCAUCGAGACACCCUUAACUUUCAUGACCGGUGAAGAUCUCCACUUGAGCUAUCAGCUUCAGAAGUAUAGGAAUGCGGGCUCGUUCGUGGUGCCCGUGGAUCCGAAUGAUAAGGAUACGUGGGGUGAUAGUGAGCACAGGUUGGCCUAUGUGUCUGAGACUACUGUGAUCUUCAAAGACAUUGUUCAAGUUCGAGAUGAUCAAUGGUGGAAGGCGCUCUCUAAUGGCUAUGUAACGCAGUGGGCGGCUAUGUACCCUCAGAAGAUCGAUGCCCUAUUCUACGCCCACUCUAUCGAUGAGGUGAAGGCGCUCGCUCCUCUGCUUGACAAGUUUAGGUCAACCGUGGGAAAGAAGGCCUACAUUGUUGUCUCCGGGGGCAAUUUCUGCCCCUGUGAGGAGGCCGCUGCCGCCUUGAAAUGGCCUAAGGCAGUUUGCAAGGAGAGGAGGUUCAAGAUUUUUGAUCUUGGCAUUGGUGCCAUCUCCAGCAGUUUCUCCAACUCGGAGGUUCCCGUGCUACAAGGCGUGUACGCUAGCAUGAAAGGGCUGAUUAAGAUCCACAACCCUAGCGUCGUCAUCACGGUCUCAGACAUCGACUCAAACGUGAAGAAGGCGUUGAGGAUGGCGACCGAAUCCACUAAUAUAAGCACUAAUGGUUCCAUUUCUACAUUGGUGCUUCUUCCAAGAGCCUCUGUGCCAAAGGUGCUCUGGAUGGCCGAUCUCCGCCCUACCACGCUGCCUAAUUGGAACAGGAUGAGAUUAACAAUAAGCAUCAUCACACAAAAUCGGCCUACAUCUCUGGCGAGGCUACUAAACUCCAUAAAAAACGCCUACUUCCUAGGCGAUGAGGUGGCCAUCACCUUCAACAUGGAUAGCAGAGUCGACGAGGCGACACUAAAACUAGUGAAUGCGUUCGCAUGGCCACACGGCCCGAAAGUCCUACGCAGGAGGAUCAUCCAGGGCGGGCUGAUACGUGCCGUGAGCGAGAGUUGGUACCCCUCCUCAGACGAUGAAUUUGGGCUACUACUCGAGGAUGAUAUAGAGGUCUCACCCUAUUUCUACCUCUGGAUCAAGUACGCCCUCCUCGCCUACCACUACGAUCCCCAAGUCUCCCUCCCGGAGCUCUCCUCUAUCUCGCUAUACACGCCACGCAUCGUGGAGGUGGUCAAGGAGAGGCCAAAAUGGAAUGCUACAGACUAUUUCAAACGAAUCCACCCCAAUACGCCUUACCUCCACCAGCUACCAUGCAGUUGGGGUGCAGUAUUCCUACCAAAACAGUGGAGAGAAUUCUACGUCUACAUGAACAUGAGGUUCACUGAGGAUGCAAAGGCGAAUCCGGUUCAAAUCCCUAAAUCAAGAACCAAUGGUUGGCAAGCCUCAUGGAAGAAGUUCCUAAUCGACAUGAUGUAUUUGAGAGGGUAUGUUAGCCUCUACCCCAACUUCCCCAACCAGCAGAGCUUCUCCACUAAUCACAUGGAACCUGGUGCUCAUAUCAGCGCUAAGGACAAUGUUGUGAAGCAUGAUAAGUCGGAUUUUGAGGUACCCUUGAUGAAGAAGGAUUUUAGGACAUUCUUGCCAAAUGGAAAAUUGCCGCCUGCAUCGAAGCUGCCUUCUUUAAACUUGUUCAACCAAGCGUUGUCUUUGAAGGGUUUGAAAGCUGCAGGGGCUAAGCUGGGGCAGGAUGUGCUUGAAUGCACUGCAACUGAAGUAGUUAUGGUGAAUCAUGAAACUGGUUUGCCUUCACAUUGUGCAAGAUUCUGAUGAUGUGAUUUCGUUUUUAUUUUUUCUAUUAUUUUGGGAUUUUGGUUUAUUCAUCAAAUUUGUUUGUUAUUGUAGAUUUAUAAAUAGAGAGAGGGAUUGUGUUGUUGGCAGGGGAAAUGUGGAAUUGUACAGAAAGAAUCUGGGAAGUGGGGAGAAAGAUGAUUUUUGGUUCCUAUUUGAUGAAAACAAGAAAUAUACAUAUAUACUACAUGAAA